AUGAGCCUUGAAGACCUGCAACAGCUUGCUGAAGGCAGUCAUGCUGCAAUUGAGACCGCCGUUUUCAACGCAGUCAACAAGAAGUCCGAAUUUCUGGCUGUCCUCGAAGAAGAUCAGCUGAGGCAUAGCUGUGAAAGAAUGAUGCUUGUUUUGAAAGUGCUCAACAAGGCUAUUGCGUCAGGCGUCAACGUUGGAGCCAUUUCCUUGGUAUUGCACUCCAAGUUGCUUCACUCGCUAUUGCAUCUCAAUUUGACGAUAUUGGCCCCCAUGUGUCGUUCAAAUCCUGCUGAGACGCGAGACUUAUUGUGCAGUGAAGUAGCAUUGUUCGAUGUUGUUGUCAAACUUAGCCCUUCGGACGAAGCCUUGAGCAUCGAAGCUUGCGCAAACUCCAUCAGAAUGCUUCUCUUGGAUUCGGACAACAGUUCAGGACCAGACCUAGAAUUGAAUCGAAUGUUGUGUCGGAUUCGGGAAAAUUUGGCGCUGCUGCGAGAAGCCGUGGAAGAAAGAGACAAAGGCCCCAAAAUGAAAGGAAUUUUACGUCAUGGCAGAAGCCACUUGGUCGAACCACCUGAAAAUUUUCGCUCUUUACCUAUUCUUCCGUCAUUGAAUGAUAUCUUGAGUGAAGUGGAGCCCUUCUUGCGUGCGAAUAUUUUGUGUGGGCGAUAUUUGAAUGCCGAUCAUUACGUUGACGUGCAAUUCCGCUUGAUGAAAGAAGACUUCGUGAGAACCUUGCGGGAAGGAGUUGCUCAGAUAAUGACGAAACACACAGAAAACGUUGGCGAUGAUUUCACCCAGAGUCACAAUUCGAUUGAGAACUUCGGUAACUACGGAAAAGGAGUCAUUACUGGCAUUUUUCACGAAACAAUCGGAUUCACUCUUGAACUGAAAAUUUCAUUGAGGGAUCCCAGUCAAGCACCAUUAGAAUUCAGGAAGCGGUUGAUUUAUGGGUCCUUGUUAUGCCUUACCAAUGAUAACUUCAAGAGCAUGUUGCUUGCAUCCGUUGCGGAGCAAAAGUUUGAAGAUUUGAAGCGGGGUUUCAUAAGAAUACGACCUGAAAACAGUCAAUUCGAUUUGAAUGCAUGGACGACUACCCCCGAAUAUCUUAUUGUGGAGACUUGCGCUUUUUUCGAAGCUUAUCGGCAAGUACUGUCAGCUCUGCAGCGUAUUGAUUUGGAGAAUUAUCCGCUGAAGAAGUACAUUUUGUAUGCUGAAAAGAGAAUGUCUCUGCCAAAGUACAUCUUGGAGCAAGAGGGCGAGGAUUCGCAAGUUUUUCCAAUGGAAUUCGGUGGCAAGCAAUUUGUGGGGAAUCCAUUUUCUGGUGACUGGCCGGAACCAGAAGAACUUGGGCUGGACAAAGCUCAGUUCCGUGCAUUCAAAGCUGGUCUUUGUCGCGAAUUUGCCCUCAUUCAAGGUCCACCGGGAACUGGUAAAAACUACCUUGGCUUGAAGUUGGUUCAGACGAUUCUUCUCCGUCGACAAGAAUUCCAGAUUGAUGACCAUGGUCCAAUAUUGAUUUUAUGUUUCACAAAUCACAACCUGGACCGGUUUUUGGAUGGUGUCAGAAGUUACACUCAAAAAAUCCUUCAGAUUGGCGGAAAAUUUCCAGCAAGCGCCUCGCUUGAGCCAUUCACUGUACGAAAUGCUGUGCUGAACUCAGAUGGAAAUGCAUUCCGUGUUAGUCGUGACAUUUGGAGUCAGUUGCUGGCUAUGCAGAGCUCUUUGAAUGAACUUGAGAUUCUGAAAAAAGGACUUGAUGAUGAAAUCGCCGGAACGACCGACUUACUAGACUUCAACAUUGGGGGCAAAACUUCGGCUGAGGCACAAAGGCGAAAUAUCGAAUCCAUUUACGACAUCAAAUCUGAAGUCCCCGAGUCAACUAUUGAACGGAAAAGUGAAUGCAUCCAGCGUCACUUUGAGAUUAGCAUCAUGAGUGCAGAGCAAGCUGUGAAAAACGCUGAGGAGGAAGUGAAAAUACUUUCUGAGAAACUGAAAGACUUUGUUGAAGACCCAGAAGACGGCACCACAUUUCACGAAUUGAUGAAAGCAGAAUUGCGGCUGCAAGACGCAGAAAGGCAAAAGACGAAUUUGAAAGCAGAUUCCAGAUUUUGGAAAAUUUCAUCAAACGUGGAACUUGUAGAGCCACCCGAGAAAAUAGUUGGAUUCGAAGAAAAUUGGAUCAAUGCCCGACAGCCAAAAGCCCGAUGGCUGAUUUAUCGAUAUUGGGUUUACCAAUUUCUUCAAAACCUAAGCAAAAAGAUUAAUGCUGAUAUGGAGGAGUACAAGAUAUUGGUUGAAAGAUACAAGGAAGCACAGAAUGCGGCUUUAAUAUGUCAUAGCCGGUGUUUGGACGUCGUUGGGAUGACGACAACUGCAGCAGUGCAAAACCUUUCUUUUGUCCAAAACAUUCGGGCAAAAGUUGUGGUCGUCGAAGAAGCUGCGGAAGUUUUGGAAUCGCACAUCGUGUGCUGUCUAUCUCCUGAUUGCGAGCAUCUGAUUCUGAUCGGGGAUCAUCAACUGGUGAGGCCAUCAACCACCGCAUACCAACUUGGUACAAACUUUGGAAUGGAUGUUUCAAUGUUCGAAAGGAUGUUGAAGAACCAUAUGCCUCACGAACGUCUGAUUCAGCAGCGCAGGAUGCAACCAAAUAUUUCUAAUAUGCUCAAGCUGCAUGUUCAUGAAGAUCUGCAAGACCAUUCAAGUGUCGCGAUUGAUGAUGAUGUUGUUAGUGUUGCUAAAAACGUAUUUUUUGUCACAUGCAACUCCAAGGAGGUUUUAGAUGAAGGCUCAGAGAAAAAGAGCAACAUGGUGCUGGAGGCCGAGUUUUUAUUGGCUUUUUGCAGGUACCUUCUCUUGCAAGGAUACCAGCAUGAACAAAUUCUUAUUCUGACAACGUAUUCAGAACAGCUACUUGUCUUCAAGAAGUUCAUCACCAGCAGCUUCCCAAUGUGCGUGAAGGUUCGAAUCACAUCCACCGACGAUUACGAAGGCGAAGAGAGUGAUAUUAUCCUUCUGUCACUUGUGACAUGGGGCAACUUGGAAGGCAGUAGCAGGUCUUCAAAGACUGACAGUCGAGAUGUCGCUGCCAUAUCGCGUGCAAAAAAAGGACUAUUCAUGAUUGGAAACAUGGAUGCGCUGAGUUCUGGAAGCGAAAUUUGGAGAAACAUUGAGCAUGUCUUGGUGAAAGAGAAUCAGAUUGGAAGAGCGCUCCCACUACAAUGUCAAAACCACCCUGAUGAGGUCAUCUUCAUUCUCAAACCUAAUCAAUUUCCUGCCAGUGGAGGUUGCAAUAGAGUAAAAUGCGAGACGAAGUGCUCCAUCAGGCUGGAGUGUGGGCAUGCGUGCGAGAAAUCCUGCCACGUCAAAGAUGACCCAAAGCAUGUUCUAUCCAAGUGUUGGAAGCCUUGUGGGAAAUCGUGUCCCAGAGAACAUCCAUGUGCAGGUAUAUAUUCUUGUGUGUCUUCAAAGACUGACAGUCGAGAUGUCGCUGCCAUAUCGCGUGCAAAAAAAGGACUAUUCAUGAUUGGAAACAUGGAUGCGCUGAGUUCUGGAAGCGAAAUUUGGAGAAACAUUGAGCAUGUCUUGCUGAAAGAGAAUCAGAUUGGAAGAGCACUCCCACUACAAUGUCAAAACCACCCUGAUGAGGUCAUCUUCAUUCUCAAACCCAAUCAAUUUCCUGCCAGUGGAGGUUGCAAUAGAUGUGACAAGAUUUUGUCUUGUGGCCACCAAUGCCAAAAGAUGUGUGUGGAAGACUGCGGAGAUUGUCUCAUUGAGGUGGAAAAAGUGAUCCCUGACUGCUCACACUCCGUGAAGUUGCCUUGCUUCCAAGCUCCCACAAAGGGAGAUUGUGGAAGAAAAUGCGAAAAAGUGUUGCCAUGCGGACACAAGUGCGCAGAAAAGUGUUGCAACGAAUGUACUACCAAGUGCUCGGUCAUGAUGAAGGUAGCCGGGAAUGUCGGAAAGUGUGGACAUCAAGAAAGACUGCCGUGUCACAUUGCAACCAGCAGCCUUCGACUGUCUGCCGACGAUAAAAUGCAGUAUUGCUCUUAUCCGUGUGGAAAAAUUCUGUCAUGCGGGCAUGCGUGUGUUGGAAAAUGUUAUCAGUGUUUCAGGGGCAGUAUCCAUGUGCCUUGCAAGGAGCCGUGUAGACGACGACUUGUUUGUGGACAUAUUUGCACAGCCAAUUGUUGCUUGAAAUGCUUGCCAUGCAAAGAACGAUGCGCAAUUGCGUGUCCACAUUCUGUUUGUGGUAGGCUGUGCUGGGAACGUUGCGUUCCGUGUUCGGAGAAAUGCUUAAGCGGUUGCCGCCACAAGCCGUGCAAACGCAAAUGCUCCGAGGAUUGUGGCAAAGGUGAUGAUAAAUGCAACGAACCGUGUGAAAAAGUACUGGAUUGUCGGCACAAAUGCGUCGGAUUUUGCGGAGAAAUCUGCCCGCCGUGUCGAGAAUGCGCAAAAGAUGCAGUGGACUUUUUCAACUUGACAACAAACAGCGCUUGCGAAGAACCGAAUGCCAGAUUUGUCCGGCUUGAAGAGUGCAAUCACGUGCUUGAAGCUGAUGGAUUGGACAAGUGGAUGCGAACGCCAUUGGAAGUCACUGGACCGAGAGUUUGUCCGCGAUGCAAAGCUCCAAUUUUGUAUUCCCAUCGAUACAAAGAUGAAGUCAAUGCCGCUCUUCGGGAGGUGACUGCCGAAAAGGAAAGAUUCUUCGACAAGGAUCACGAUGUUUCGAAAAUAUACGCCAAGUUGAUGGAUAAGACGGAGUCUUCACCUGCGUGGAUGAUCAACAAAGUUUUUGCGGAUGGGUCGUUCAUUUUGAUAUUUCUGGACGAGAUUGAGAAUCAGCAGGACGAAAAAUCCGAAAUGACGUUCAAGACGUUGAACUGGACGGAAUUCAACAGUAUCUCAAACCGUAUAAAUCUCAUCGGAGCAAUAGCCGCUUUGAUAUUAAAAUCGAAGGAAGAUAACAGAAUUUCGUCUGAUUUCAAAAGCCGCUUUGAACGUAAGCUUAAGAAGUUGGCAAAACUGGUUAUGCUGAGAAAGCAUAACUUGAAUGAACCGGAAUUGAAGGUCUUCAUGGGAGAAAUCCAGCGUUUUUGUGAUUUAGCUAAGCGGGAAACUAUGCGAACAUAUGAAACAUUCCUCAACGAAACUGGCAAGACGUGGAUUGUGAUAAUCGAAACAAUCCUGUGUGCCGAUGAGCCUUACACACAGUCCCGGGAAGCGGAGGUGGGAAGUUAUCUCCAAGCCUAUGAACGUGAUCUCAGCUCCCACAAACUGCUCUUAGAAGAAAAGUGGUCUGUUCUCAAAAAUUGGCAUUUUGAACCGGCUUUCUGAUCUGCACGCGAAUUGUCACGAAGACGAAACUCGUGGCCUCAGUUGCUCGAGUAUCUUGCGCGCCUUUUUAAACUGAUAAAUCGGAGCAAAAAAUUUGAGUUCUUAGCUCCUCACAGUGCUCACACCCACGUUGUGAGAAAUACUAAUUAAUGCGAGGCAUACCGUUAAUGACAAUGAUGUCUAAAAAAUUAACCCAUGUAGUAAUGCAAUAAACUGACUUCAAAUAUUCGAACAGGAGGCUUGGUUCCCGACAGCAUUUCCUUACUCCCCCCCCCCCCCCCCAACAAAUCUUUCGUUACUAAUUUUUGUUAGUUUGUACCAUUUGUGUUUGAUCGUGUUGAAAAGUAUUUCGAGGAAAACUUCGCUUUCCAGUCGAAGAAACUGGGGUCUGAGUCUUGAUCAUCAGGCAUAGAUGGUUGAUCUACUUUCACGCGCAAAAAUUUAGGCUCAUCUACUACAAUAUUUGUAGGUUUGUGUUCGUUACUCGUUAAAUGGGGUGUCUUCCUUUUAUUCUGUGCUUCAUUUGAGGCCGAAAUGGGAAAAAUCGCAUUAAAUGCUGAUGAUCAACGCUGAUUUUCAGUGACGGAGAAGAGCCUAAUUGACGGACCUGAUUUUAUUUUUUAUUUUUUGACGAACUCUUGGAAACUCAUGAUUAUUAGUGGUCGGAGGGAAUAUUUUCCACUACGGCGAAGUGGUGAUCAGUUUUUGCAGGAAAACAUGUGCUGUCAUUGUGCUUGCUUUACGGCGGAUUUUUUUCUCCUCGUGCGAGUGAACCUGCCUGCAACGAGGAAGAGAUGAAAUGUCGAAAAAUUGUUUUCAGUUUCUGGAGUUUCUGUGGGCACUCCCGAAAUUAUCGAACUGUUCCGUACUUCCGGUGUCGGAAGGAGAAAGCUAUUAUAAAGGAGCUUGGUUGGAAGCAUUGAAUGGAGUUUUCGUAAAUUCAACGUGAACCGUGAUGAAAUGUCAAUCUGUAUCGAGAAAUCUCGUUUGGGAUAACAUUGGAAGUGAGGAUGAUUCAUGGGUGAUCCGUUGUUGAGUAAUGCACUUUCGGUGAGCUUUUUAGGCAGUACUGUCCUGUAAAUCUCUUCAAUGGUGUUGCAACCACAUAUGGGCAC